UCAAUCAACAAAGCAACACGGAACAAGAUGGAAAAAAGUUAUGGAGUGAAGUGUAAUCGGAUCAUGAACCGUAUGUGUUGCUGCAUGUAUUUGCUUUAGUACAAAACGUGCGGAGAAGUCGUGCGUUUGCCCACCCCUCAAAGAGAAGCAGCAGCAGGGCGCCGUGGUGAGGAAACAUCGGAAUCCUCCGUUGUGCUUCGAGAAGGGACAGGUAUGUUUUCCCGUUUCCAAGGGCUGGAUUGCUGAUGUCACCACGGAGGAGGGCGCCACACAAGGACAGGUGCGCAACGUAAAGUUGCCUAUCCAGUCUGUUUGGAUCAAGCUGUGGAGCAAACAGCUGAUAUGCGAGGAAAUCCGUUUGUCGAAAGUGUUUUGGACACAGUUUAGGCAACUCGGCUGCCGAUCCCUGCGUUCUUUGGGGAUAUAAACAUUGCAUUUGGCCCUAAGAAGCCCAUCUGGUGUCACGUACCUCCUGUGCUGUUUGAUUGGAGUUUAACUGUAAAAAAGAAGGCCCAGUUAAGUCCUGGGAGUGCGCAGAGGGUGUGGGGUCGAGACGCCCAAGUACCAAAACCGACACGUUCCGUCUCUAUGCGACACUGACGCAGCCACUUGGCCUCGCAUCUCAGUGUGCAGAGGUGAUGCGCGACUGAUCCAUUGGGACGACCGACCACCAUCGGAGGCUGCUUGAUGAGAACGAGAUCAAUUUUCAUCGUAGUGGAUCAUGACACAAGGCUUGUACAAUCUGCAAUGAUUUGCCUGUGCGUCACAGCGUCUUAGCACCACAAGCCGCUCUCGGCUUGAAGGACGAUCGCGUUCGGACUGCAAAAAGAGCCCCCCAACAAUGUCCAAGACCCUCAAAAAGAAGAAGCACUGGUCCGCUAAAGUCCAGGAGUGCGCCGUGUCGUGGGGGGGUUCCGGGGAACUGGUCACGGUAGUUGAGCUACGAGGCGGCGCCGAGCAGGGGGAGUUCCCCUACCUCGGGCACAUAGUAGCGGAGGCGCUGGUCUGCCACGCCGGGAGGCUCCCCAGCAGCGGGGACGUGCUGCUGGAAGUCAACGGCACUCCGGUGAGUGGACUGACCCACCGGGACUCGCUGGCUGUCAUCCGCCACUUCCGAGAGCCCAUCCGCCUGAAGACUGUCAAACCAGGGAAGGUCUUGAAUGCUGAUUUGCAUCACUACCUCAGUCUGCAAUUCCAGAAGGGCUCCCUGGACCACAAGCUCCAGCAGGUGAUCAGGGACAACUUGUACCUGCGCACCAUUCCCUGUACCACUCGGCAACCGAGAGAGGGGGAAGUUCCAGGAGUGGAUUACAACUUUAUCAGUGUGGAAGAGUUUCGUAAUCUUGAAGAAUGUGGACUCCUGCUAGAGAGUGGAACCUAUGAUGGUAACUACUAUGGGACGCCCAAACCACCUGCAGAGCCAAGUCCUGUGCAGCCGGACUUGGUGGACCAAGUCUUGUUUGAUGAGGAAUUUGACACCGAAGUCCAACGAAAGCGCACAACCUCAGUCAGUAAGAUGGACAGGAAGGACAGUGCAGCCCCAGAGGAGGAGGAUGAGGAAGAGAGGCCACCAAUGGUCAAUGGACAAGCUGCAGACCACAUGGACAAGGCGGAGUGGAGGAGGACGGUGCCUAGCUACAACCAGUCAGCUGGGGCCAUGGACCCGCGAGCAUGGAGCGCAAUGACACAGGACGAUAAUCAGGAGCCCCUUCCAAAGAACUGGGAGAUGGCCUACACAGAGACUGGAAUGGUCUAUUUUAUAGACCAUAACAGCAAAACCACAACCUGGCUGGAUCCACGGCUUGCCAAGAAGGCCAAGGCUCCUGAGAAAUGCGAGGAAGGAGAGUUGCCCUACGGCUGGGAGAGGAUCGAGGACCCACAGUACGGCACCUACUAUGUAGACCACAUCAACCAGAAGACUCAGUUUGAGAAUCCAGUGAUGGAAGCAAAGCGGAAGGUGAGCGUUGAGAUGCCAGCUGCAGUAUCCUCGGCAACAGCCACACCAUCAGAGGAGUCUGGUCAGGGAGUGUGGGGCUUCACACGAGACCCAUCUCAGCUACAGGGCUCUCUCGUUCAGACUGCACUUCGAAAAAGCCCCCAGGGCUUUGGCUUCACCAUCAUCGGAGGAGACCGCCCAGACGAGUUUCUUCAGGUCAAAAAUGUCCUGCCUGAUGGGCCUGCCGCACACGACAAGAAGAUUGCCUCAGGUGAUGUGAUUGUGGACAUCAACAGGACGUGUGUGCUGGGGAAGACGCAUGCUGAUGUGGUGCAGAUGUUCCAGUCCAUCCCUAUCAACCAGUAUGUGGACAUGGUCCUGUGCCGUGGUUACCCGCUACCCGAAGACUCUGGGAGUGGCGAAGAAACUUCCAAGGACACAUGCUCUUCUCCUGCUGCUUCCACGCCUCAGGACCCUUAUCACAAAGUCCAGGAUGUAGGAACUCUGCCCAGGCAGACUGCCGCUGCACCUCCCAUGGCAAAUGGGGGGCGCCAUUACCACUAUCAUCAUUCACACCACCAUCACCACCCCCCUUCUCACACCCACAACCAGGAUGGCCCAGAUCCCACGCUGCUCCAGCCUGAGCUCAUAAGCGUGCCCUUAGUGAAAGGCCCUGGAGGUUUUGGCUUUGCCAUUGCUGACUGUCCGCUGGGCCAAAAGGUGAAGAUGAUUCUCGACGCACAGUGGUGCCGUGGCUUGCUGAAGGGGGAUGUCAUUAAGGAGAUUAACAGACAGAAUGUGCAGACGUUGAGUCACUCACAAGUGGUGGACAUCCUCAAAGACUUGCCAGUAGGCAGUGAGGUCAACGUGCUGGUGCUCCGCGGAGGUCAGACAUCACCUGUGAAAUCUUUGAAACCGUGCACGGCGCCGACGUCUCAGCCCGCUUCCCAGCAUGCAUCACAACCAACAUUCCCACCUGCGUCCCAGCCUGCCCCUCAGCACACACCUCACCACACCCACCACACCCACCCUUCCCCUGUCACACAAUUGCAGCAACCAGAGUUAAACAACAGCACUGAGACCCUCAGUCAUGCAGAGGUGUCCCCCAAUCCGCUCUCCUUUCCUGCCAACACCAUGCGCUCAUCUUCUCCCAAACCAGACGCUUCGGAACUCUACCUCAAGUCCAAGGCCAUGUUGGAUAGCCAGCCUGCAAACACCAAGGACCUGGAUGUGUUCAUUAAGAGAAAUCAAGAGUCAGGCUUUGGCUUCAGAGUCCUUGGAGGCGAGGGGCCUGAGCAACCGGUGUAUAUCGGUGCCAUCGUCCCGCUGGGUGCAGCUGAGAAGGACGGACGCCUGCGGGCGGGUGAUGAGCUGCUCUGUAUAGAUGGUGUGCCAGUGAAGGGCAAAUCCCACAAACAAGUACUAGAAUUGAUGACAAAUGCUGCUCGCAAUGGCCAGGUCAUGCUUACAGUCCGCAGGAAACUGUCACAUUCAGACGGUGGCGGCGGAAGGGAAGAGGAGGGCGGGCAGCAGCCCCUGCAGGUAGCACCAGCUGUUUUCAGCAGCUCCCCUAAGACACCUCGAGGGGAAGCACUGAAGGCCGCCCAUCCUUCUCGACAGGAGUCCUUCGAUGUCACGCUGCAGCGCAAAGACAACGAAGGCUUCGGCUUUGUCAUCCUCACCUCUAAGAACAAGCCCCCACCUGGAGUAAUACCUCACAAGAUUGGCCGCAUCAUUGAAGGCAGCCCUACAGACCGUAUGGGUCAGAUGAAGGUGGGUGAUCGAAUCUCUGCGGUCAACGGUCAGUCCAUCAUGGAGCUGUCACACAAUGACAUCGUCCAGCUCAUCAAGGAAGCUGGCACAUCUGUUACUCUCACUGUCGUACCUGAAGACGACAGUGCACCUCCGUCCACAACAAACUCAGCCAAGCAGAGUCCAUCAAUGCAGCAUAAAGCUGUUGGCCAGCAGCCUCCCAACUAUGCAGACAGGAAUGGUGACAUGGGAACACUCAGCCCGUCAGGCUUCAAGCAGGACUGUUUUGUGGUGGAACUGGACCGUAGCCAGAGGGGCUUUGGCUUCAGUCUGAGGGGAGGUAAAGAGUACAACAUGGGCUUGUUCAUUCUGCGCCUGGCCGAGGACGGGCCUGCACUCAAAGAUGGACGGAUACAUGUCGGCGAUCAGAUUGUAGAGAUAAACGGUGAGGCCACCCAGGGCAUCACCCACACACGAGCCAUCGAGCUGAUCCAAGCGGGAGGCAAUAAAGUUCAUCUGUUGCUCCGACCCGGCCAGGGUUUAGUUCCCGAUCACAGUUCUAAGGACAAAGUAACCAUUCCGACCUCAAGCUUCCCCAAGCAUUCUGUAACUGAUGGGCCAUUGUCACCUCCAGCCUCUCCAUCCUCUGUCUCCAUCUCUACCUCGGAAAUGUCCCCCGCCUCACCCCCCGUAACCACCCCUGAUGAGUUUUCCACUGUAGUAGGGUCUGUUGGAUCACCGAACACUGGUUGGGAGCAUGCACGUCAACCAAACAGAGUAAGAGGGCAGCAGGUUUCAGUCAAGCGCACCACCAGCCCCGGGACCCACACAAGGAAAACAAGCAGGAGUGACUCCAAGGCUACCAGUCCGAAGAGAGCCACUGAAAGCAAGGCAGAUCAUGUCGACAGCUCCCAGAGCCCCAGAAAAAAAGAGCGGGGAUCGUUGGAAGAUAUGAGCAGGGAUAGAAAGCACGAAGGCCAGAGAGAUCGUCGCUCCUCCAGCCCCAGGAAGAGCUCCAAGAGGGAACAAGAGGAGCCCCAAAGCCCGAGACGCCCAGCAGGCCAGCAGCCCCCGGCAGAAGGGAGAAGACACAAGGAUGAAGACGCGGCUUACUUGCAGGACAGAGCGGCUGCAGAGAGCGAUCGUCACAAGAAAGGAAAACGGGCUGAACAAGAGAUAGUGCCACAAAAGGGGCACAUGCAAAGGGAGAGGUCAGGAUCAGAUGCUGAUACGAUGGGCCGCAGGAGCGCAAGAGAGAAGGACAGUAGGUCCCACAGGAUUCCUGAAGAUGUGAAUAAAAUGGACCCCAGGGGGUCCAGCAGUAGCAUCCAGGACCCCAGCUACAAUGGGAACUCCACCACCAAGAAGGCUCCCAUCACACCUGGCCCAUGGAAGGUUCCCAGUUCCAGUAAGAUCCAGUCCCAGGUGGACACAGCAUAGAAAGCAGAAUAUUUUUUGACAUGGCCUGCCAUUUCUUUUCACCGAGCUUACCCGGUUCAGAUUGGCAGGAGGCUGUUGUCUGCUCCGUCAUGCCGUGUUUGAUGUUUGAGCAAGCCUAUAACAGGCGUUCCCGCGUGUGACUCGGGUUUGAAGGAAUGCCAUUCACUGUGAGACUUGGAUGAAGGACCUGUUUUGGUUUUUUUUGUCACUGUGAAGGUUCGAGGCGCAUUCUUACAUGGGAUGUCUGUCUGUUGAAGAUGUGUUCAUGUCGUUGGAUAAAUCAUUUGAAUUUUUUUUUUUUUUUUUACAACAUGAUUAGAUUCAUGAGCUGACUGCCUUCA